GAUUUCAACAUAGAAAAGGCGGACUAUAAGAAACUCUCUCUCUUUGCUGAAACCCCACGCAGAUUUCAUCGACGGCAACGGGCGGAGAAACUCAAGUUUUCCAACUGUAGAGAGAGAAAGAAAGAACACUAGAUUCACUUUUCAUCUUUACUCAUUCAGAUUAGAAAAUGGCAGCGUCUUCAGCCACAACCUUAUCAGCUGUAUCAGCAGCCGUCUCCUUUACUUCAAAGGCGACUUUAAUAUCAAAACCUAAUGGAAACACUGUGAAAUUCAAUGCCAAAUCAUCAUCAUUCUCGGGCGUUUCUCUCGGAAAAUCAUACCUGCAGAAAACUCAAUACAGAAACCAGAGAUCCCAAGUUUCUGUUCAGCCACAGGCAUCUUACAAGGUGACCGUCCUCGGGGCAGCAGGAGGAAUAGGUCAGCCACUGUCACUUCUCAUCAAGAUGUCCCCAUUAGUCUCAGCCUUGAACCUCUACGAUAUAGCCAAUGUAAAAGGAGUCGCUGCUGAUCUCAGCCACUGCAACACUCCCUCGAUAGUCUCAGACUUCACCGGAGCUAGCGAACUGCCAAACGCUCUGGUCGGAGCAAACGUGGUCGUCAUACCCGCCGGAGUCCCAAGAAAACCAGGCAUGACCCGCGAUGACCUCUUCAACAUAAAUGCAAACAUUGUCAGAAACCUAGUCGAGGCUGUUGCCGAUAACUGCCCUGAUGCGUUCAUCCAUAUUAUAAGUAACCCGGUUAACUCGACUGUCCCGAUCGCGGCCGAGGUUCUGAAACGUAAGGGCGUUUACGACCCGAAGAAGCUUUUCGGUGUCACCACGCUCGAUGUCGUGAGGGCGAACACAUUCGUCGCUCAGAAGAAGAACUUGAGGCUGAUCGACGUCGAUGUGCCAGUUAUUGGAGGGCACGCUGGAAUUACAAUUUUGCCUCUGCUUUCGAAAACAAGGCCUUCGGUUAGCUUCACGGACGAGGAGAUUCACGAGCUGACUGUUAGGAUUCAGAACGCGGGGACUGAGGUUGUUGAGGCGAAGGCAGGGGCUGGUUCGGCUACUUUGUCGAUGGCCUACGCUGCAGCUAGGUUUGUGGAGAGUUCUCUGCGGGCGUUAGAUGGAGAUAGCGAUGUUUAUGAGUGUGCUUUUAUUGAUUCAGAGCUGACUGAACUACCCUUUUUUGCAUCGAGGGUGAAGCUGGGGAAGAAUGGGGUGGAGGCAGUAAUUUCGUCGGAGCUUCAAGGAUUGAGUGAGUAUGAGCAGAAGGGGUUGGAGGGUUUGAAGGAGGAGUUGAAAUCUAGUAUUGAGAAAGGGGUGUCGUUCGUGAACAAGCAAGCGGUUAGCGAUGCUUAGAAGGAUGAAUUUGCGAGAAUAAUUGAGUAGUGUGGAAUGGAAUGGAAUAAAUUAUUGUGGAUUUGUUUCGAGAUGAUAGUUUUUUAUGGUUUUUUACAAGGUUUUUCUGGUGAAAAUGGGAAUGAAACAUGUAGUAGAUUACUUGUUUGAAUAAUGGUAGAGUUGGUACUCUAAUUUUGUACUGGUUAACUGUUAUGUUUGGAGGUAUUUUUCUUCACAAUUGA